GUAACAUUACUGUACUCUUUACAGUAUUUACAUGUGACGUAUGUAUGUACAUACAAAGAUUGUAUUACGCUGCGGGGGGCUUUGCAUCAGCGGAGGUGAAAGACAGCCAGUCCAGGUGAUCGGGCAUUGUAUUCGCACAGUGCCCUGCAUCGAGCAUUGGGUGUCAUUCACCAGUAACAAACGCGAGUACAGUACAUACCAAACACCUCCAACGACCCAUCACCAGUCAGAAGCACUGAUAGCUUCCACAUCCCUCUCAACCCACAAUGGUUCUGUUCGAUGCUCCAGUCCACCAACUUGGUCAACAUUUCCAUCGGCCCUCUGCUGCCUACCGUGACUCAUUUCAGAGGUCAAAGCGAAACUGACCGCCAUCUCUGCACCCCACAUCUCUCGGACACUGUAAAUACAUGCAGUACCGGGGCUUGCUACUAGUGCCCGCUGCUGCCUUGGAUACC